AUGUCUCCGGCUUAUCAUGGCCUUUGGGGCCACCUAUUGAUUGUUUGGAUCAGCGUACUUGCCUUCUUAUUUCCCGCAGAGGCAUAUGAGCCACUUUCGGACGAAACGCUGAAAUCCCUCCCGCGCGCGAGUGAAGACUACGAUAUCCAUUCCGGCGCGAUUCUCGCCCCGAUCCUCCAGACCCGCGUUCCCGGGACCCCCGGCCACGAAGUCGUCCUCGAGCACUUUGCCAACUUCUUCCAGACCACGUUACCGAAAUGGCAGAUCGAGCUGCAAAAUUCCACAUCGACGACGCCGGUUUCGAAGGGGAAAGAGGUCCCCUUUGUCAAUUUCAUCGCUACGCGCGAUCCGCCCGGGGCACCGGCCGGCGACGUCGGGCGGUUGACGUUGGUAGCGCAUUACGACAGCAAGCUGGAACCGGAGGGAUUCAUCGGGGCCAUUGAUAGCGCGGCACCAUGCGCCGUGAUCAUGCAUGCUAUGCGUAGCAUUGAUGCGGCUCUGGAUAAGAAAUGGGCAGCGAUGGAAGCGCAGGGCAUAGAUCCGCUCGAUGAACGGCAUGGCAUCCAGAUUAUCUUUUUGGACGGCGAAGAGGCCUUUGACCAUUGGACGGCCACGGACUCUCUAUACGGUGCGCGUGCAUUAGCAUCGAACUGGAGCGCGGAAAUGUACCCGGCCAUGUCGACGUUCAAGACGCCGCUAUCCUCCAUCGAGCUCUUUGUCCUCCUGGACCUUCUUGGUUCCAAAUCCCCCUAUAUCCAAUCCUACUACCCGACUACGCAUUGGGCGUACCAAAGUCUCGGAACUGCUGAAAAGCGUCUGCGAUCACUGGGACAGUUGAAGUCGUCAGCGAAGCGAGAUUGGUUCAUCGAUGCGCACAAAGACUCUCAUGAUGUCGCGCCCUUGGGCGGGAUUCAGGAUGACCAUCUACCGUUCUUGGCACGCGGCGUCGAGGUCCUUCAUCUCAUUGAUUUUUCGCCGUUCAAGGGAUUCCCGCCUGUUUGGCAUACUCCUGAUGAUGAUGCGGGGCAUCUUGAUAUGCCUACCGUGGAGGAUUGGGGACUUGUUAUUACCGCCUUUGCCGCUGAAUGGAUGGAGUUGGAGGGCUACUUCGACGUUUCAGAGCAAGCGUCACGACGGAAUGAAUCGCCUGAAGCGGAGGCUAUUCUGGACAAGAAGACCGAAUUGUAA